UCCGAUCCCACGAUUAUCUGGGCAAUCUCAUGGUGCACAAUUCGCAGCGAACGGGACAAUGAACUUCUUAUGGGUCUGCGUCCUGAUCUACCUCCUUCCAGUUGUUAGCCCUCAGGACGUUUACCGUCAGACGCCGUCAACUCAGGUCCUUGCAGUUGGAAGUACCUUUAAAGUGGAUUGCCACACGGGCUGGUUACCAGGUGGGAAGGUUAAUUGGUACAAACGGCAGCGCCAAGAACAUUUACAGUACGUUUACUCUGUGAUGGAAUACACACCCGCCGCUGGAAGGUUAUCGGGACAAGUUAACGGUGAAAGUACUAUUUACUCCCUGAUUGUUAAUGAUGUCCAGAUAACUGAUUCGGGGUGGUACUACUGUUCAGCCAAGUCAAUUACCGAAAAGCCCUUCGUGUUUGGUAACGGUUCCAAACUGGUUAUUACAGGAUCUCCGCGCAUUUUUCUGUUAACACCGCCGAUGAGUGAAAUUCGUGAGGUGGAAACGGUCCAGUUGAUGUGCUUGGCGCAAAACGUGGACGCCGAUGCCCAGUUCAUACUCUGGGAUGUUUCGGGGCGUGAUUUCGAGGGACGGGUGGAUUCCGGAACAAUAGACCGCGACGGGACACAAAGUUUCAGGAGUCAGAUCGGAAUCCCGGUGGAGACGUGGCGCAGCGGCGCCGUAUGCACCUGCUCACUUCGAGUCAACGCGACCGAGAACUUAAUUACUGACAGUGUUUUCGCUCGAAGAGAUUCCCCUUUUUUGCAAGUUUGCCUUUUACUGUAUUAUGUCGGCUUCCCUGUGGCAAUUGUCGUUCUGCUCACGUUUAUGUUCGCCGUGGGACGAACCUGCAGGAACAGGCAGUCAGGCAAGAAGAGCGGCCGGAUGAACUUUGCAGAAGUGAGAACUCGGGCGGCAGGAAAUGAAACUACCUACGCUGCUUUGACUUUUAAUGUGGACUCGAGUGCGAGGAGGCAGACGGAAGAGAGGAUAUCGCUACCCCCAUAUAAUGUGACAUAGCAUGUCCGUAUUCGAGAAUGGCUGUCAGUAACAGUUCCAGCAAGGCGGUGCUAGUUUCCUCCGGUCUUCCGGGAGCCAUGCCCAAGUAGCUGGCCAGUGUCUACAGAUGAGAUGUACGUCUUUCCUGUUAUCUGCGGAUUUACGUCAGUUAAACAAUGCUAAGCAAUUUCUAACGUGCCCAGUUGAAAAGUACCAUCCCUGCUGAAUAUACCAGCACCCUGGAGAAUCAACUCGUGACAUUUCUGAAACAAUUUCCCCGACAGUAUUGCAAACCACGUUCCAAGAGGAAUAUUCAAUCCCAUUUUACAGACAUGGGUUGUUAUGUCUUGCUCUUUUAUAUCCUCGUUUAACAGUUUUGGUUUAUGGAGUUUUGGUUUUAUUAAGACAUUUAAUUUCACUUUGAACCUAUGUAUGGAAAUUCGGCGUGAUCUAAUUCAAGAAUGUUAAGAUUACACCAGUUACAAUGUAAAUUAAAUCAGAUUGGACAACUGGAGUGUUGUGCAUUUUCGAUUCCACGCGUUAAUGGCAGGAAAUAAAUCUGAGUCCUGACUACAAGGACAAGCACAGCAGCGGUAACGAUUCAGAGGGGAAUGAUGACCUUAGUAAGAGGCCGCAAAAUAACAAGCCCCGAGGGGCCAAAAAAAGAGAGAAAUUAGAAACUAAGCACAGCAGGCAACACGGUAUACUCUAGCCAGGCAGAGUCAAAGCUAGGAGCAGCUGUAUGAGUUCGGCUAGUUCGAGGGUAAACAAGGAUUGUGGAUAAGAACUGGGGUUAA